UAUGUAGUGUAAAUAAAAUAGCUUUGCACCAACACAUAAGAGGGACAAAAGUGCAAAUGAUCCUUUCGAAACCCGAAAAUAAGCAUGGGCCUCUUUCAGACUCUCCGGCCCAAUCAUGGUCUCCGGGAAUGGAGAUGCAACACCAAUAGUGGCAAUCUUGAAAUUCUCUUCAAUGGAGAAAUUGCAGAACUAAAAUGAACUUGUGCGAAUGAAAUAGAAGGGAAUUUAAAGGCUGAAAGGAUGUUCAGGAUUGCCGGCAGUCGGAGGAGACUUUAUUGCUAUUACUCUUCUUCUUCCUUAUUUUCUCCGUGGCUUCAGAAUCUCAGCGCUACUUUAAGCACAGGGCUACACCUCUCAUUAUCUCCAACAGAAUCUCAUUAUUCACAAGAUUAUCACAAACUAUUAUGCAUUCUUGAAGCAUGUAAGAUGUCACCAAAUUUGAGAACUACAGCUGCUGCACAUGCUAAUAUUAUUAAACUUGGUUAUGGAGUGUAUCCUUCUCUUAUUUCUUUGAUGGUAGUGGCAUAUGCGUCUUGCGAUAGACUCAAUCUUGCUCGUCAGCUGCUUGUUGAAAUUCCUACUGAGUAUUUUGAUGUUGUCUCUGCUAAUUUAAUGAUUUCUAGAUUUAUGAAGAUGGGGACAGUUGAUGUUGCCAAGAUGAUAUUUAAUGAAGUUCCACUCCGGGAUUUGGUUACUUGGAACUCACUAAUUGGAGGUUAUGUCAAAAAUGACUUGUGUAAGGAGGCACUCAGUGUCUUCAGAAAGAUGUUGAGGUCAAAUGUUGAACCAGAUGGAUAUACUUUUGCAUCUAUCAUUACCGCAUGUGCUAGACUUGGAGCCAUUGAUCACGCUAAGUGGGUACAUCACUUAAUGACUGAGAGAAGGAUUGAACUAAAUUACAUUCUUUCUUCUGCUUUGAUUGAUAUGUACUCAAAAUGUGGAAGAAUUGAGAUAGCUAGAGGAAUAUUUGAUAGUGUUGAGCGUACAAAUGUCUCUGUCUGGAAUGCUAUGAUUAAUGGAUUAGGAAUCCAUGGUCUUGCUUUAGAUGCAAUUGAGAUUUUCUCACUGAUGGAGCCAGAAAAUAUUUCACCUGAUAGUAUUACUUUCAUUGGACUUCUAACAGCAUGUAGUCACUGUGGCUUGGUUGAAGAGGGUCAAAAGUAUUUUCAACUAAUGAAAAGUCUAUAUUUGAUUCAACCACAACUUGAGCAUUAUGGAACAAUGGUUGAUCUACUAGGCAGAGCUGGACUGCUUGAUGAAGCUUAUACAGUAAUCAAGGAAAUGCCAAUAGAGCCUGAUUCAGUCAUCUGGAGGACAUUUCUCAGUGCUUGUAGAAUUCACAAAAAUUCUGAGAUGGGGGAAGUUGCUAGCACAAAAAUAUCUCAUCUUGGCAGCGGUGAUUAUGUCUUACUGUCAAACAUUUAUUGUUCUACUAAGAAAUGGGAUAAUGCAGAGAAAGUUAGAUGUCUGAUGAAAUGGAAAGGAGUUCGUAAAAAUAGUGGGAAAAGUUGGGUUGAAGUGGGUAAUGUCGUUCACCAGUUCAAGGCAGGUGACCGGUCACACCCUGAAGCUGAACUAAUAUAUAAAACUUUGAAGGAAAUAAUUCAUCGAACCAAAUUGGAAGGAUUUAGUUCAACGACUGAGUUGGUUUUGAUGGAUAUUUCUGAUGAGGAAAAGGAGGAAAACUUGAGUUACCACAGUGAAAAAUUGGCAUUAGCCUAUGGGAUCUUAAAAUCUAGUCCUGGCACUCGUAUUCAAGUUUCGAAAAAUCUUCGUACUUGUCCAGAUUGCCAUUCUUGGAUGAAAAUGGUAGCAAAGGUGUUGAAUAGGGAGAUCAUUGUGAGGGACAGGAUCCGCUUUCAUCACUUUGCAGAUGGUUCUUGUAGUUGUGGGGAUUACUGGUAGCAUUUCUUUGAAGUUCCAAUUGUGUUUGGUAAUUGAAGCUUAAGUAGAUAUCAUAUAAUGGUUUUUAAGACAUAUUAUAGCGGAUGUCUCAAAGAUUUUUGUGGCUCUUAUCUUGCCUGUUUCUAGCAUCGUAUAGUUGAGUAAAGUGCAUCUGGUUACAAUCAGUGUCAAAUGGUUUAUUUCCAUAUGCUGCAGCUCCAAGUUUUGAGAUAAGAUAUCCCUGUCUGUGGAAGAACUCGCUGAAUAUUACAUCCAGGCGAGUUCUUAAGUUUAUUUACUGGUCUUUGAGAUUGGCUACUUGGACAAACUAAUGCGAAAAAAAGUACAGGUUUCCUCAAGAAAACAGCAGACUUGAGUUGGUCACCGAAAAAAAGGAAGCAAUGGCCUCAAGUGACCAGUAGUUCAUAUAAUUUACGUAGUAGCAGUAGCUUCAACUGCAGGUAGUGCAGUAGUUUUGACCGUAUGAGUUACUUGGACAAGGUAGGAUAGUGGCUUUUGUUGCUCCAGAGAAAACAUUCAGUAGUUAUAUGAAAAAGAUUACUUCUUAGAGAAAGGACACAUUCAAGUAACUGUUGAAUUGAAUUUGCAGCUAGAGUUUUUGACGUGUCAAGGGUAGUUACAAUAUUUUGGAUUGUGAAGUAAACUUUUUCUGCAGUGGUGUCUCAAUCUUCUUAAGCUUCACUUUAGUUGGAACUUAGCCAUAUAAAUACAUACACAUACACAUAUCAGUUGAUUCAUGCUUAUUGUAUGUGAGAAGUAGAAUUUUAUUGAUCUUUUGUUAGAGAUAUUGUUUCCAGAAUGCAAGUCCACAUUCAAAUGAUACAGCGAUUUCAUUGUAGGCCUCUCCAAUAAUAGGUGGUUCCGCAUUGCUGGAUUUGGACAUGUUCAAACCAACUCAUCUACUAAAUUUCGUUAUAUAAUAGUGUAUCUGUCUGUAUCUUGCUUCAAAAGAAAAGCAAAGGAAACAAUGACAUGUUUAAGAGCUACAAAAUAUAAAACGGAUUUGAUUGAAAUCUGUAUAACUCUUUUUCACUUGUUGCAGAAUCAAGAUUGAACGUCAUCCAGUUUGUCAUAUCAAAAUGAUAGAUAGCGAUGGAAGCUGGAUUCAUCAAGAACACCAUCAAACUAGCAGAUCAGGUGGAAAAUAUGUCAUUUAUUUUCUACUCCAUGUAAAAGCUGAAUGUUUAGUAAUGGAUAUAGAUGUAUAUUUGCUAUUUAAUGUUUUUCCUCAAAGCUAUUAAAAAUAAAGCACUGUCAACUUGAUAAAGUUGAAGCUUUUAGGGCAAUUACUUGCCUAGGCGUCCUGUAUAGGAACUAAUUGCAUUUUGCCUCCGUAAGUCUCCGGAAGCUGGCUUUCAUCAAUAUCUUGAAGUAAGGUUGCUGUCAGCCGUUUGUUUUCCACAAACAUGAUCUGUGAAGAUGGAAAUAGUUUGGUGAGGAUGAUGUAAUACAAGUUGUAAUCAAGUCUCUCACAAAGUUAUCCUCGACAACUGCAAGUAUGACUGAACUCCGGAACUGAUUCAUCCACCUUUUAAGUGAAACACAAUUAUUUUAGAACCUCACCUUUUUCUUGGUGUGGUUGUCUAUGAAAGGAUACAAAAUCUUCCAUAAUGUGCAAAAUAUGUAAGGAACAUGAACAAGAAGUACUUUGCCAAGUCUUUCCGGGUAGCAAUCCUGCAAAAUAGAUGUCUCUUAGAUUAUGGAUAAAAGUUGGGUAAGCCUCUAUCUGAAUAACUAGACAGUAUUGGUGAUUAAACCUGCACGAUGGAUAGGGCCGCAAGAUAGGCACGAACAUCACUGUUACAAUAGCCGAAAUUUUGGAGAUCUCCGAUUAUUGUGAACUUCUCUCUUCCUGGUUUUCUGUCCAUGGUGGAGUUUGUUGCUCAUGUUUUCAGCUGAUUUUGGGAAAGUAAAAAAGGAGAGGAAUAAAGCUGCUACUAUUAUUCUAAAUGUUGUACCUUGCACACAAUUUGUCCAGAGCAAAGACUAUAAAACCUGAGGAAUCAAAGAAAGACUUGGAUGUGAGAAAUUGACUGAUUCAAAAGCCAGUUUCACUGACCGUGAAGCAGUAGGCUAUGUGAAAUUAGGUGGCGAAAAGGAAAAAAGGAAGUCAUACGUUUGAACUCUUCAACACCUCCUAAUUUGUUUUGAAUAUGCCUGCCACCAAAAACUACAGCAAUAGGACAACCCUGUUUAUCUACACCUUGCAUGAACAUCUUGUUCUGUGCAAUCUCAUUUGGUAUCUCACUCACCAAAAUGGACCCUUUUGGUACAAAGCUUUGUCUCCACUUAAGGGAUUUCAAGAACAUUGCUGCAGAUUUCUCUAUGUCUAGAUCACGAGCUCGAAGAAAUCUUCUCAAGGCAUAGUCGUCUAUUUCCUGCAAACAAGGUACAUGGAAAUUAUUCUACUUUGAUUAAAAACUAUUGCUUUUUAUAGUUAGAAAGGGAGAGAAAUGCUGCAAGGCUGCAGAAAAUCGUAUAAUACCUUGGAAGAAGGAUCUUGUUUUUCAACAAGAGCCCUCAUUAGUUCAAUUUUGUUCAUCUCUUGAUCUGUAA